UGCUGUGUUUGUGUGUUGCAGCAAUGGUACACCAGCACCAUGAACCUCCUGGGUACGUGGCUAACUGACCGAAUGGACCUGCAGCUCCAUGUCUACCAGCUCAAGAUCCUAAUCAGAGUAGCCAAGGUAAGACAGGCUCAACCAUCAGGUCUCUACCAGGGCCUCCCAAACCAAUUGGUAAUUCAUUCAAAGUAAUGUAUCAAAUUUCACAAUCAAGUAGUGUAGAAAUCCAACAUUUCUCGUCUUAAUCUGUGACCGUUAUUAAAUGAGUUGUGACCUACCUUCUCUUAGGUUGAUAGAAAGCCUAGUACUGACAACCAUUGGUUCUUCGCCCUGUUAAUAUUUCAGUGUGAUUUUGGUGCAGUGUGAGCAGUAACAAGUCCUACCAGCAUAACGUCACGUCACACAUUUAUUUAUGUUCUCUGAGAGACUGUCUCCCUAUACGUGCAGUAGUGACUGGUGAGGGCUGAUAAGUACAUGCAUGCAUGGGAUCUGGCCUGACAUGCAACAUAUCGUUUUUAGUGCCUUGUGUAUUGAUGAUUUAGUACAUGUGUCUUUGGGGAAAAUGCUACACAUGGGUAAUUUGCUAAAGGUAUCAAAUAUUGUGAACAAUUAAGUGUCCUCUUUUCAUUGUGUCCACUGCAUUUUUACUGAUAUGAAAACACAGGUUAGGUGAACGCAUUGUGACGCCUGUUUGCUGUCACCUGUCUAAUUCUUUAAUGAUUCAGACGGAGGAAAGGAGAUGAGGAAAGGUGGCCACUCUAGACAAUCGAGAUGUACCCAAACAUUGCAGUGCAUUCCUGACUUCAUGUCCUCUCUUGCCUUAGCAGCUGAUGGAGAAUGCUUCCUCUGUGUGCUAGUCCCAACCCUGACCAGUGUUUUUAUUCUCUUGGGGGGUUGUUCUUCCAGAAAAAGUACCGUGACUUCCGGCUGCAGGGCGUCCUGGACUCCACGCUGAACAGUAAGAUGUAUGACACGGUGCGGAACAGACUGACCCUGGAGGAGGCCACGGCGUCGGUGAGGGAAGGAGGGAUGACGGGCAUAUCCAUGAAGGACAGUGAUGAAGAUGACGAUGAUGUCUAG